AUGGAUGAAACACGUGACACAUCCCUGACUAAUGAUGAAGGGAAGUUAGAGGUGGCUAACCCGGAGCAUAUAAAGCUAAAAGUGGUGGACCAGGCUCAUAAUGAGAUCCACUAUCGGGUCAAAGUGAGCGCACAGUUCGCCAAACUCAAGAAGUCCUACUCGGAAAGGGCUGGU